CCUCUCCCUCCCAUCCCGGGACUGCCGCGCGCCCCGGACGGCUACUUUGCCGCGGCGUCUUUCGCGCGGCAGCUUCGGCUCACCUGGGCGCCCACUCCCAGCCCCGCGCCUCGUGCCCCCCAGUUCCUCCGAGACCUGCGGCUGCUGGGGGACCGGCGGCCGCCCCGCGCCCGGAGGUCGUUCCCUCGCAUCCUCCGGGCCGUGGAGAGGAAGAGGCGGCGGCAGCGGCCGGAGCCGGGGUGGGGGCGGCAGCCUGAGGUGAGGACCCGGCCGGCCCCGCUGGGAAUAUGGCGACCGGUGGCUACCGGACCAGCAGCGGCCUCAGCGGCAGCACCACAGACUUCCUGGAGGAGUGGAAGGCGAAACGCGAGAAGAUGCGCGCCAAGCAGAACCCCCCGGGCCCGGCCGCCGCGGGAGGGGGCGGCAGCGACCCCGCCGGGAAGCCCCCGGCGGGCGCGCUGGGCACCUCGGCGGCCGCCGCGGCCAACGAGCUCAACAACAACCUCCCGGGCGGCGCGGCCGCACCUGCCGCCCCCGCUGCCGGGGGCGUGAACUGCGCGGUCGGCCCCGCCGCGCUGGCCCGCGCAGCCCCCGUCCCGCGGCGGCCGGAGGACGAGACCCCCGCCGCCGCCUCGGGGGCGCCGCCGCCCCGGGGCGCCGAGGAGGAGCGGGACGGCGCCUCGGACAAGGGCAAGAGCUCGGGCCCCAGUGCCAGGAAAGGCAAGGGGCAGAUCGAGAAGAGGAAGCUGCGUGAGAAGCGGCGCUCCACCGGCGUGGUCAAUAUCCCCGCCGCGGAGUGCUUAGAUGAGUAUGAAGAUGAUGAAGCAGGGCAGAAGGAGCGGAAACGAGAAGAUGCAAUUACACAGCAGAACACGAUGCAGAAUGAAGCUGCGAGCUUACUAGAUUCAGGCAGUUCCUAUCUGCUACAGGAGUCAUCCAGAACAGUUUCAGGCAGAUUCAAGAGCACAAACACUGCCUCUGAAGAAGAUAUCUCAAGUAGAUACCCGCGAACAGAUAGAAGUGGGUUCUCUAGAUAUAACAGGGAUGCAAAUGUUUCAGGUAAUUUGGCCUCAAGUAGCACAUUGGAAAAGAAAAUUGAAGAUCUUGAAAAGGAAGUAGUAAGAGAAAGGCAAGAAAACCUAAGACUUGUGAGACUGAUGCAAGAUAAAGAAGAAAUGAUUGGAAAACUCAAAGAAGAAAUUGACUUGUUAAAUAGAGACCUAGAUGACAUAGAAGAUGAAAAUGAACAACUAAAGCAGGAAAAUAAAACUCUUUUGAAAGUUGUUGGGCAGCUGACAAGGUAGAAGAUUCAAGGCUCAAUGUGGAAUAAAUAUUUUAAAACUACUGAUUGAAUGUUAUGGUCAAUGCUAGGACGAUAUUCCUAUGCUGCAAUACAUUAAAAUAACGAAGUAUGUAUAUUUAUUUCUAGAAAAUGGAUGUUUAUUUUCAAAAUAUUUCAUUUUCAUUAUUAGUUUCAAAGGUAUCCUUUUUAUUUCACAAAUAAGUAACAUCUUUCAGUUAUUAAAGUAAUAAGUAAUACCUUUUUGGUUUUGUGUGGUAUUCAAAUAACACAUGAUUUAAAGUCACAACCCUUUAAAUGUAUUUUAGCUUUGUAGCACAGUCUCUCCCUGAAGGAAUAUACAUAGUCUUUGUUUACAUGAAUUCAGAUACUUCUGGGGAGUUACUUGUAAAUGCCUUAUUACUGGUCUGUGCAGCCUUUUAUGUGUUGAUGACUUACUCAUAUAAGUUUUUGUCUACUGUUCUUUCCACUUAUUCUAAGCAAUUUAGAGUAAUAGUCACACUAUUUUGUAUAACAAUAUUUUAAAAGACAAGUUAUUUUAAAAGUUACGUAAUAUCAUGUUCUUGUUAGCUAAAUAUAAAUUUAAGAGAAUACUUGAAUUGCGCUAUAGUAAAUGAAAAUUUACUAUUUUGUGUUUCAAUAUUAAAAAAACUUUAAAAUCACUUUUACUUCUGAAAAACAUACACUUGUAAUUUUAAUGUAAAAUUUCUUAUGUAGGUACUAUCUUUUUUUUUUAUUGUUCCAAAGUUUAUUAGUGAACAUGGGAUAUUUAAAAGUUGUUUAUUCUUUGGGCCUGGAAAAUGUGUACAAUUUCAGUGCAUAAGAAAAAAGUUGUAUUUUUAUUACCAUAUGCAUUAAAAUCAAAACCAAAAUAUUUUACACACUUAAAACACCUGCACAUAUAUUAACAAAAAGUACAUAUGCAGAAAUAACACUAAAAUAUUUUGCCUAAUUUCUAAGUUGGAAAAUACCAUUGUAACUAUUUUUCACAUAAGAGAAUAUUCCCUUACCACAACUUUAAAGGAUUUUCUUCCUAACAUUGAAAUUUUUAAAACAAUUAUUUUUAAAGAAUUAUAUAAAUUUUCUAUUAUAAUAAUUGUCAUUGGUAUUUAGGGUUGUUUUAUAUUACAUUUUCAUGUUGAGUUAGAAUUCUCCCCCACCCCACCCCCAAAAAA